CUUGCUCCUCGGCUUUCCUCUGCUGUCCUCGCCCUCUGUCUACAAUCAGAGGGACCACAGGGCUGUGGCUAGGCCUUUGUGGGCCAGCCUGGGCACUUCACCACCUCAGACAAAGGAAAAGUCCCGGUGAGCUGCAGGAAUAGAACUCACAGGAGCUCACACACACGGUGUGUGGAGCAUAAACACAGAAGGACACCCCCCACCCCCUCUCCUCACACCUCCCCUGCUUUCUGAGGUUAUACUGAGAAGAAUCCACAGAGGUGCCAGCACAAGGUGUUAAUGUGAACAGAUGCCAGAGCCACUUGAGGAAAGAGGUGGGCCUUGAACCAGGAUGACUGAGCCCCGCCAGGAGUUCAACAUGAUGGACGAUCAUGCCGGGACCUACGGGCUUGGGGACAGGAAAGAUCUCCCCUCUCAGGGGAGCUACACGCUGCUGCAGGACCACGAGGGUGACGGGCACCACGGCCUGAAAGAGCCUCCCCUGCGGACCCCCACCGGUGACAGAUCUGAAACCGCUGAUGCUAAGAGCACUCCGACAGCCAAAGACGUGACAGCGCCCCUAGUGGAUGAGGGAGGCCCCGGCAAGCAAGCAGCCGCUCAGCCCCGCGCGGAGAUCCCAGAAGGAACCACAGCUGAAGAAGCAGGCAUCGGAGACACCCCCAACCUGGAAGACCAAGCGGCUGGACAUGUGACUCAAGCUCGCAUGGUCAGCAAAGGCAAAGACGGGGCUGGCACCGACGACAAGAAAACCAAGACAUCCACACCUUCCUCUGCUAAAACCCUGAACAGUAGGCCCUGCCUUAGCCCCAAAGGCCCCCCUCCUGGUAGCUCAGACCCUUUGAUCAAACCCUCCAGCCCUGCCGUGUGCCCAGAGCCAUCCUCCUCUCCUAAACACGUCUCUUCUGUCACGCCCCGAACCGGCGGUUCUGGAGCAAAGGAGAUGAAAGUCAAGGGGGCAGACACUAAAACUGGAACCAAGAUUGCCACACCCCGGGGAGCGGCCCCUCCAGGCCAGAAAGGCCCGGCCAAUGCCACCAGGAUUCCAGCGAAAACCACGCCGUCCCCAAAGACCCCGCCGGGCACGGCUACCAAGCAAGUGCAGAGAAAACCACCCCCCGCAGGGCCAAAGCCUGAGCGAGGUGAAUCUGGGAAAUCUGGGGAUCGCAGUGGCUACAGCAGCCCCGGCUCCCCGGGCACCCCUGGCAGCCGCUCCCGCACCCCAUCCCUGCCAACCCCGCCCACCCGGGAGCCCAAGAAGGUGGCUGUGGUCCGCACGCCACCCAAGUCGCCGUCUUCAGCCAAGAGCCGCCUGCAGACUGCCCCCGUGCCCAUGCCCGACCUGAAGAACGUCAGGUCCAAGAUCGGCUCCACCGAAAACCUGAAGCACCAGCCAGGAGGCGGGAAGGUGCAGAUAAUUAAUAAGAAGCUGGAUCUUAGCAACGUCCAGUCCAAGUGUGGCUCAAAGGAUAAUAUCAAACAUGUGCCCGGAGGCGGCAGUGUGCAAAUAGUCUACAAACCCGUGGACCUGAGCAAGGUGACCUCCAAGUGCGGCUCAUUAGGCAACAUCCAUCACAAGCCAGGUGGCGGCCAGGUGGAAGUCAAAUCCGAGAAGCUGGACUUCAAGGACAGGGUCCAGUCGAAGAUCGGGUCUCUGGAUAAUAUCACCCACGUCCCUGGGGGAGGGAAUAAAAAGAUCGAAACCCACAAGCUGACCUUCCGUGAGAACGCCAAAGCCAAGACGGACCACGGGGCGGAGAUCGUGUACAAGUCGCCCGUGGUGUCCGGGGACACGUCUCCGCGGCACCUCAGCAACGUGUCCUCCACGGGCAGCAUCGACAUGGUAGACUCGCCCCAGCUCGCCACGCUAGCUGACGAAGUGUCCGCCUCCCUGGCCAAGCAGGGUUUGUGAUCAGGCCCCCGGGGCGGUCAGUGAUCGUGGAGAGAAGAGAGUGAGAGAGUGUGGAAAAAAAAAAAGAGUAAUGACCUGGCCCCUCGCCCUCUGCCCCCAGCUGCUCCUCACAGAUCGGGUAAUCGGUUAAUCACUUAACCUGCUUUUGUCGCUCGGCUCUGGCUCGGGACUUCAAAAUCAGUGAUGGGAAUAAGAGCCAAUUCCAUCUUUCCAAAUUGAUGGGUGGGCUAAGAAUAAUAAAAUGUUUUUAAAAACACGUUAAA